AUAAGAGCUGAUUUUUCUCUGUGUUGUCUUUUUUUUUCCUAGGGGGGGGGGGUGUGGGGAGAGCUUGAACGACAAGACCCGCCUGUGCAUUUGUGCAGAGCGGUGUGUGUGCACGUACACCGGGCAGAGGAGUGGAAGCGAGGCAAGGCAGCAAGUGAAGACGAGGAGAGCUCAAUGUUUUAUUUUUGAAGGAGGGACGUUGCGAAACUGGCUUGCAAUCUUUUCUGACUCAUCGUUUGGGAAAUUAAGCAUCCUUUUUUUUUAAAUUUUUUGUACCCCCUCCUUCUCUUUGCUUCCCUGUCCCCUCCUUCCUUACCGCUGGCACCGGAGAGGAAAACAUCGUCGGAUUCUGACACUACGUUUGGACUGCUUUUGCAAAAUGCGACAUGCUUUCCUGUGAGCGGUAUGUUGUGCGCACCUCGCAGCCUGCUACACCGUGAACAGCAGCAGGACCAGCGGCACCACCACUGCGUGUGUUGUUGUUGACUUGUAACGGCUGCAACUCAGUCUGGCUGCCCACUUUUGGAUUUUAUUUCGGAUUUGGACUCGGUGGCCGGUCUUUGCAGAGCUGACGCGCUGUCAACACGCACCGUGAGGGGGGGGAGGGAAGGGAGGGGAAGGGACAGUCCUGUCACCCAACGUGGAUCCACAGUCGGGGCUGUUUAGCAGCACUGCUAGCAGCCUGCCAGGGCACUGUGUGGGCACACUGAACUACAGCUAAACCUUCUACUGUAAAACUACAUGUGCCUGGCUCCCCAAUGAUCUCCUAAUCUCUGGGAAUCGCCCCCCCCCCCCCCCGUCCAGGACUGUGGACGUCUCUGCAUCCGAAGCUGACUGCGAUCAAGAUGGAGAGCGAAAAGAAGAGGAGAAAAUACUCCACGAGCAGCAAUGACUCCGACACCACUGACAGUCAGGUGACGUCGUGGUCCAGGUCAUCCAAGAAUACGGGCACCAGCAGCACAUGGGUCCGCCACCAGCACAAGAAACCAUCAGAGGUAUUUCGUACCGACUUCAUCACGGCCAUGAAGCUGCCCGACUCGGCCCAGCUCGGCCCGGACGACUUCUACGUGCUCUCGGACCCUUGGAGACAAGAGUGGGAGAAGGGAGUGCAGGUCCCUGCCAGCCUGGAGGCCAUACCAGAGCCUGUGGUCAGGUUGCUGCCGACUGAGUCGACAGACGGUCUUUGCAACAACAGGCAGGAGAUGGAGAGCAACGCCCCGCCUCCUCCCAUCCAGCGCUACAGCUGCUAUGACCUGGAUGACCUGGAUGUUGCUUGGCUGGAGCUGGUCAACCACGAGUUCAGACAGAUGGCCUUACCAGAGCUGGACGAGCUGACGAUGGAGUGUGUUCUAGUCGAGCUGGAGAGCGCGUGCGAGGAGAAGAUGCGGCAGGCCAUCGAGACGGAGGAAGGCCUGGGCAUCGAGUACGACGAGGACGUGGUGUGUGACGUCUGCCGCUCGCCAGAGGGAGAGGAUGGCAACGAGAUGGUCUUCUGUGACAAGUGCAACGUCUGCGUUCAUCAGGCGUGCUAUGGCAUCCUGAAGGUACCCCAGGGGAACUGGUUGUGUCGGACCUGCGCUCUGGGCGUUCAGCCCAAAUGCCUACUCUGCCCCAAGAGAGGGGGGGCCCUCAAGCCCACCCGCAGUGGAACCAAGUGGGUCCACGUCAGCUGUGCCUUAUGGAUCCCUGAGGUGAGUAUAGGCUGUCCAGAGAAGAUGGAGCCCAUUACCAAGGUGUCCCACAUCCCCGCCAGCCGCUGGGCUCUGUCCUGCAGCCUGUGUCGAGAACACACAGGGACCUGCAUACAGUGCUCCAUGCCCUCCUGUAUUGUGGCCUUCCAUGUGACAUGCGCCUUCGACCACGGCCUGGAGAUGAGGACCAUCCUGGCAGAGAACGACGAGGUGCGCUUUAAAUCCUUCUGCCUGGAGCACAGCUGCAUCGCCGGCAAGAGUAGUACAACCUCCAACAACUUCUCCAGUCUGACCAGUGUGAGCCAUGGAAACCACACCACCACCAACGGAGCACACGCCGCUGCCAGACCUGACUGGGCCACCACCGCUGUCACUUCUGAGCUCCGACCGGACCAUCAGCACCUACCAAACAUCAGCAGUGACCCGGAGCAGAGGCCGGUAUUGUACCCGAUUUCGGCUUCAGAGCGAGCUGAGAGGGAACAGCUGGAGCGGGAGAAAGUGAGCAAGAGGAAACAGAAGCUCCAGGAGCUGGAGGAUGAGUUUUACCAACUGGUGGACCCCAGGGAGGUGGCCGAAAACCUGGCAAUGCCCGUCCCCCAGGUGGACUUCUUAUAUCAGUUCUGGAAGAUGAAGAGGAAGGCCAACUUUAAUCGACCUCUAGUGACCUUAAAGAGGGACGAGGUGGACAACCUGGCCCAACAGGAGCAGGACGUCCUCUACAGACGCCUCAAACUCUUCACACACCUUCGACAAGACCUGGAGAGGGUGCGUAACCUGUGCUACAUGGUGACACGGCGGGAGAAAAUGAAACACACCCUGUGCGACCUCCAAGAGAAGAUCUUUCACCUGCAGAUACAACUAUUGGAAGAGGACGUUGCUGGAGAGAAAACCCAGAAGGGAGAAAAGAGGAAGCAGAAUGGAGUGAAGGAGAAAGGGAAGGAGAGGAGGAAGAGUAGUCCUGAGAAGAAAAAGGAGAGAUUGAAGCCAGAGAAUGGCUCCCUGCUAAAAGAGCUAGGUUUGUCAAAGUCUUUCCCGUUGGACAACUCUUUGUUCGACAGCUGGCUCGCCCAGUCGGUUCAGAUCACCGCUGAUGACAUGCUGAGCCAGUGGGCUCUGGGUGCCCAGCAUCGGGACAAGAGCGGCAGCCUGCUCUCCGACCAGCUCCUACAAGGCGAGGAGAGCCUGCUAAACCUCAUGAUGGAGAACUCCAUGCAGUCCACCUGGAAAACACCUCAGCUGGGCCGCAAGCCACGAGGGAGCAACAAGCCCCGUGCUCGUGGUCUACCACAAUCCACCAGCCCCACCCUGCCCCGGGCGCUCCUGCCUGCACCGGCCGCCUCCACCGCCGGGAGCCCCUCCGCCGGCAGCCCCUCUGCGGCAAAGAGCCUCUGGGCAAGCGUGGCAGAGGAAAAGCCCAUCCAUGUGGCCCGGAAAGGAGAAAGGUCCGGCGGCUCCUCAAGGCACCACCACUCCCUUCAUCACCACCAGACAAGGAGCUCUGACCUGUACAGGGAGCCGCCGCCGCAGCCACCCAUCUCCAAAAUGGAUUCCUGUCACAUCUCGGAGGACCGCGGCCUGUGGAACAGCAUCUACACAGGGAAUGGUGUUGCAUCCUCAUCUCCACGACCGGGCUCCAGCCCCGGGUUCACGUUUCCCGACACAGGGUCGUUCAUUCGUGGCAGGGGCCCGCGGCUCCGCCUUUCCCGCCAGGGUAAAUCCAGAGGUAGAGGCGUCAGUGGAGGUGGAGGUAUAGCAGGGCUGGCGUCUGUGGGCCAUCCGCUCACAGGAAAGGGCGCGUCCCUGCUGGAUGCUGCCGAGACUGACGGGUACUUCUCCGAUGGCGAGCAGAGUGAAUCGGACACACGCUCUGGCGGACGCAAACUCCGCUUGCCGCAGUUGCAUUCUGGGAACGAGGACCUGCUGAGAAGGAGCGUGCUGGCAUCCUAAAGAACUCAGACUCAAACUAACUCACAGUUAUCCAAGCAGAGUCCCGCUAGAUAAUUGUUUCUCCAUCUGUGCCCAAUAUACAGUUCGCAAAACAUGGGUGGAUGGUUUUGUUCAACCAAAUCCCCGUCACAUUUACCAGAGGAAAAUCUCUUCAGCUCUCACCUGCUUUGUUU